GAUCCUCCCUUUGCUCCUCGCCGCUAGCCAUACGGAAAAUCUAAAGUGGUAAUAAGCCAACGCGUUUUGAGUUUCCCAGUCAGUCGGUUCUCGCGUUGGCAAAGACCAGCCGAACGAAGCUGAUCUCUUUUAUUCCACGGAAAGAUGCCACCCGGACAUAAACGGAAAAAAUGUACAGCUUACAACGAAUAGUUGGAUACAGGACAGUCAUUCUUCUCCUUUACCAUGAACCUGAUUUCGAGAUGAACCUCGCAUUGAUACUACAGCUUUUUGCCCUGCUAUUUCUCUCGGAUUUAAUAGUAACAACCGUGGGCGCGGUUUUCUUCUCAUCCUUAUUUUCGCUGCCGAAAGUGAAAAUUAACUUCCAACCGCCGAAAACUAAACAGAAGCCACAUAUCAUCAUUAUUCUUGCUGAUGACUUGGGUUGGAACGACGUAAGCUUUCACGGAUCGGAUCAAAUUCCUACGCCGAACAUCGACGCCCUUGCAUACAAUGGUAUCAUCUUAAAUAAUCAUUACGUUCCGGCAUUGUGCACGCCAAGCAGAUCCGCUUUGAUGACUGGAAAAAACCCGAUUCAUCUGGGUAUGCAACAUUCUGUCCUCUAUCCAUCCGAACCACGAGGGCUUCCUCUAAGUGAGAAACUAUUACCGCAGUAUUUACAGGAGAUAGGCUAUAAAACACACGCUGUGGGAAAAUGGCAUUUAGGAUAUUUCAAAAAACAAUAUACUCCGACGUAUCGUGGAUUUGACUCACACUUUGGAUAUUGGAACGGUCUUGAGGAUUAUUACACUCAUAUCGCGCAAGAACCGGAUCCACUAUAUAAAGAGUUCAGAGGCUUCGAUAUGAGGCGAAAUCUAACAGUGGCAUGGGACACUGCAGGAAAAUACGCUACCGAUCUGUUCACAAACGAAGCUGUACGACUGAUUAACGAACACAAUACUGAAUGUCCAAUGUUUCUAUACCUAGCUCACUUAGCUGUCCAUAAGGGCAAUGAAAAUCAACUACUACGAGCACCGGACGAAGAAAUCGCCAAAUUUUCAUACAUUCGCGACCCGGAAAGAAGAAUCCAAGCAGCCGUUGUAUCGAAAUUGGACCAAAGCGUCGGCGAUGUGAUGGACGCACUGCGAAGUCGCGGCAUGUUGGAAAAUAGCAUAGUAAUCUUCAUGAGCGACAACGGUGCACCAACCAACGGUAUACUGAGCAAUCAAGGCAGCAAUUACCCUCUUCGUGGCAUAAAGAACAGUCCAUGGGAAGGUGGAACGAGAGGAGUCGCAGCUAUCUGGAGUCCCCUGAUUAGAAAAUCUAAAAGAGUGUCGAAUCAAAUGAUGUUCAUGUCCGAUUGGCUACCUACGCUUCUAUCUGCAGCAGGAGUGGACAGGAUACAACUCGGAAACAUCGAUGGAUUCGAUCUCUGGCCAUCCUUAGUGUCGGACAAAAUCAGUCCCAGAUCCGAAAUAGUGAUCAACAUCGAUGACCUCGCUGAUUAUGUUGCUAUUAGACGAGGCGAUUUUAAAUAUAUCAUCGGCCGGACUGAAACUGGUAUCGCCUGGCUUGGGGCAAGUGGAGACCCAUCCGAGGGCGUUUCCCCUCGAUACGAUCCUUACAAUGUGUUGUACAGCAAAACUGGUGUCGCUAUUUCUGGUAUUAUUACCGCUAAACAAGCGAUGGAACUAAACGAAAAGAAAAAAGAAAACAUAAAAAUCAUGUACGAUACUUCCUCAAAAACCAAUUUUCAAGAGGAGAUACUUACCAGCGAGGACAUUAUCAAAAUGCGAAAGAAAGCACAGAUAAAGUGUAACGUUACAGAGAGAGAUAAGAUCCCUUGCGAGCCAAUGAUAGCACCAUGUCUCUUUAAUAUAAAACAAGAUCCUUGCGAAAUGGUGAAUCUUGCUGAGAGAAAUCCUGUGAUUUUAGCUAUAUUUCAAACGAUUCUUAUUAGGCACAGAUUAACCAUGAUACCUCCUAGUAAUUUGGAUGGAGAUCCUAGAUCGGAUCCAUCGCUUUGGAAUAACACCUGGACCAGUUGGGCCGAACCUAAUCCAUUAAUGCUCGCUUAUACGAAUAUUAAGCAGCCUGAAUAUUACACCGAUCGAACGAUCGCAGUAAUGUCUAUCAUUUGUUGUUUUUUCCUCAUUGGAGCAAUCAUUGCUUUUAAUUCUAAGAGAACUAAUUCGAACAACUUGCGGAAUCCUGAAUAUCAGAAUUAUCAUGAAGGAGUCACUUGUACUAUAGAUAACAGCGAAGUAACAUUUUCUAGUGUUGUACCAGAUACAAGACGAAAUGAUACGCCUAGACACGAAGAUAUAAAUUGACAUCUUCGAACGAGAUACACGAGCGCUAAACCUCUUUUAAUUACCGUAAAAAUUUAUUAUACUCGUCGUACUCUUUUACAAAGAUAUUAAUAAUGUUCUAUUUGAAUUGUUAAUUGUUCUAUCGAAUAGUUAAACUACAUACGAUACUUGUUCAUUUAGAAAUUCAUGAAAUGUAUUGAAUGAAAGCGUGUACAGAAGUUUCACGGUUUUUAUCUCGUGUCAUCUCGUUCUUUACUUUCCUAUAGAAAAUGUGAUCCAUACGAUAUACAGAAGUAUUAUAUCGUUAAUAGGAUGACAACGAUAAAAUACAAAUUCCAGGUUUAAAGGUACCGCUUGUUCAGUAAGUUUGUUGUACUUUGAGAAAAAUUCAUCGAAUAAUUCGCAACAUUUGUAAAUAGUCGACAAUCUUAAUUAAUGCUUACGAAAUAUUCAUACUGAUUAAAAACAAAAAUUACACCUAGAUUAUAUCACUUCUAACAGAAUUAAACACACGCGCACGUGUGUUCAUUUAACUAAGAUCUGUCACAUGAAUGAUCAACAAUAAAAACACUUUUAUGAAUAAAUA